CACCAACUCGCCCGCUACGCCCGCUUCUCCCACUCGUCCUUCCCGGCUCCGCGGUCUUUCAUAUCUAAGAAGCUAUACCCACAACCAUCUGCACUCGAAUUCCAACAACACUCCAACAAACCAAUCCAACAAUCUCUCGACCACCCCGUCUCCUGCUCGUCCUUCUACUCUCAGCCGAAGCACCAGUUCCCCGCCCGUAGCGCACGCGAGACGCCGCCGAGUCCCCCACUUCGUAGCGAUACCACCGCAAACGGCUGGGUCCCUACUGUCGCCGGCCAAAGUGCCUUGUCCAGGCUCGCAACCCAACCUCAAUCCACCAACUCCGAGUCGCCCACGCCCAACAUGACCCGUACACGAGCUGCCACCGUCAGUCAGGAUGCCCCUGCUGCCGACAACAACCCCGCUCCGGCUAUCACUUCGUCCACCGAUAGCCCCGCUACCGAGUCUGUUACUGCGCCGUCCACACAAGCCACAACCACCGAGAAGAAGGAAGCCCCGACUAUUCGUUUCAUUCCCCACCAUGAGCCCCGCGCUUCGAGACCAUCCCUCACCUUUCCCAUCGUUACUCGCACAAUCGCCGCUGCUGGUCAGCGGGUCAAGGUUGGCAGAUACUCUGAGAGAGACCAGGCAGCCGAUUCUCAAGCAAGCGCAAAAACUGCAGCCCCUGUCGGUUUCAAGAGCAAGGUUGUCAGUCGCAGGCAUUGCGAGCUCUGGUGCGACAAUGGCCAGUGGUUCAUCAAAGACGUUAAGAGUAGUUCCGGUACUUUUCUGAACCAUGUGCGCCUGAGCAGUCCAGGCAUGGAGAGUCGUGCGUACCCUCUCAACGACGGUGAUAUCGUCCAGCUGGGUAUCGACUUCAAGGGUGGAGAAGAGGUCAUCUUCCGUUGCGUCAAAAUUCGUAUCGAGUGCAACAGAGGCUGGCAGAAGAGUCUGAAUCAGUUCAACACUGCAACACACAAAAAUAUUCUAAAACAGGCAAAGGUCAAUAACGCCAAAGACAGCGACGCUCAAUCAACACAUAGCUCCGAGUGUUCGAUCUGCUUGAAUCCCGUCGCUCCAUGUCAGGCACUCUUCGUUGCUCCCUGCUCACACGUCUGGCACUACAAGUGUGUUCGCACUCUCAUCUAUCCUAGCUGGCCGAGCUUCCAGUGCCCCAAUUGUCGUGCGUACGCUGAUCUGGAGGCCGAUGUGGAACCCCCAGAAGAAGAAGACUAUGAAAGCGAAGGUGUCGAGGACGCCAUCCAAGCUUCAACGAGCGCCCAACCAGAACCCGAACCAGAAUCACUUCCUGCGAUAGAGACUGGUGAUCUCGAAGACGAAGACUUGACCGCCAUGAUGAACAGUGUCUCCAUGGGCUCAACCUCAGCAUCACACAAUCCUUCGGGCACAGACUCGAGCUCGGAAGGUGAAGCUGGACCUUCGCGGGGCUCAAUCUCUCAGCCUGUACCCAUCAUCGCUUCCACCAAUGCACCGGUAAAUAGAAAUUUGCCCGACUCCAUCAUGGCACGGUCAGCCACGCCCACCUCUUCGGCACCAUUUGCUCUGGCCGCGGCUACCUUGGCACCCAUGGGCGACGGACAGAACACGCCCAUGAACGACGCUGGUCCGUUUGUCUUUGACAACAAUUCGAGACGUGCCACUGCACAACGAAAUAUUACAGACAUAUCUCGGGAACCUGUCCACGAGCAACCAGAGGAGCAUUCUGCGCCA